GUAGUCAUUGUUAGCCAGCAAGUCAGAGAGAGGCGCGAGCAGGCAGACAGUGAGUGUGUGUGCAAAUUGUGAUGAGUAAAAGCAUUAGGCGACUCAGCUGUUGAUACAGCCAGUGAGCGUGUGCAAGAGCGCGAGAGCGAGGGAGUGAGAGAGAAGUGUAAGGCAAAAAGGAAGGAAAGUAGGGAAAAGAGAGAAAGGAUAUUACAAGUAUGCUGUGCUGCAUAAGAAGAACAAAACCGAUUUAUAAGAAUCAUAACACAGCCCUCUAUUUGAUGGACCACUCCAACUAUGGAUCCAGAUAUCAAAGGCCCGUUGAGUAUGGGCCUCUGAUACCACUUCAUUGGAGACCUUUCACAUUUAGCCAUGAGGAUGGGAUGGAGCAGCUUUCUAAGAGCUUGGUCGAGAAGAAUGAAGAGGCUGACCAGGAAAUCAAGCAGGAUGAGAAGAAACCAGAGGACAAAGCCCACAAGGCGGCCACCAAAAUCCAGGCCAGCUUCCGUGGACACAUACUCCGGAAAAAAAUGAAAGAUGGAGAGGAGGAUGAGGAGGCCAGUCCAGCUGUCCCAGAGGAGGAGGCGAAGGAGGUGGCAGAUGGAGAAGAGGAGAAGGAGGACGUCCCCACUGCGGCUGAGCAGGCUGCCGAGGAAAAAGCCCCCCCUGGGAAUAAAGAGGAGGAGACGAGCCAAGCCAAAAGCCCCAUCUCAGAAAAGGCAGCAAACUCUCCUGCCCCUGUCGCCACCUCUCCCGUAGCCGCAGCAGCAGCUUCUCCCACCGCGGCGCCUUCAGAGCCUUCCAAAGAGGAGGCCAAGGCGGAGCCCGGCGACACCAAGGAGAAGCCCAAAGAGGUGGACAGCAAUGAGGUUCCGGUUUCUGCCCAAAACCCCUCUACUGAUUGUGCUGAAAAGAGCGUGGAGGGUGGUGCUGCCCAGGAGGAGUCCAAACAAGCCGACGUGCCUGCUGCUCCUGUCAGUGAGACGGCUGAUAAGGAGGAGCCUCACCAAACACAAGACAACAAAGAUGGUGCCGAAGAAUCCCAACCAGCUGAGGCUCCAGCAGAGGCAGUCCAGGAGGAGUCCAAGGAGGACCAAGCGAAAGUUUAACAUAGAGAAAAAAAUACUAUGAUUACAAAUGAAUUUAAAGGGUGACUCUUCUCCUUCUGAAUGUGAAGGCAGUCCGUUUUUAUUUGUUUGUCAUUUUUUGUGUGGCAAUGAUUUUCUUACGUUGGGAGAGUUUCCAACAUGCGUUUUUUGGUUCAAAGCUAUAAGUGGUAUGAUUUGGGUAUGUUCUGUAUCUUACAUUAUUGAUUCGAUGGUUGGACCUAUCCACAUUUUGAACUGAGUUUCAAAACCCUACAAAGCAGGACAGGACAUUUUCAUAUUCUGCUUGAGUUGAUCAAGGUUGGUUUACGUUCUUUGAGUAACAACAGGUCCUUCUCCUUCCGCACUUAUAAAACUAACAAGUCUGACAUGAUUUUCAGGACUUUACGGAAAACUAUGAGUACUAUGACAUGUUGUUGACCCCACAACUAAAAUCCCCCUUCCAAAUGACAUGAUUAGCAUGAACCAUCUAACAACUUGCAUGGGAACUCUUCUGCUAAGAGGAACUUUUCGCAGUCACAAUACAAAAGAAAAUGUGGCUUCUUUUUGAUGUCCUUGGUGUUGUUAUGACAGUUUGAUAUGAAUUGGAAUUACUCUUGCACUGAUGUUAAAAAGAAAACCAAACAAACAAAACUAAAAAACGUUUCCUAUGUUCCAGUGAGUGCAAUGUCCAGUUUGAAUCUAACGAGUUAAAUUGUGAGAAAAAAAAAAUGAUUUCAAUGUCUGUUUUCAAAAUAAAGCAAUGUGCCAAUUA